UUGAGCUAAUCAAUCAUCUACAACGGUUACAGCCAAAUAUUUUGAAAUGGAUUAAAUUUAGGUUACAAAUCGAUUCAAAUUUAGAUCGAUGUGUUCAAAAUUUAUUGCAAUCAACGUCAAUGAAUGAUGGAAAACUUUAUGAUGAAUGUCGAUCAUAUCUAGAUCUAAGUCGAUUGAAUGAAUUUCUAAUGUCAUCAUCAUCAUCAUCAUUAGAUGAUGACAAUGUUGUUACAUUAUUUCUCAUGCGAACCAUUUUGUUAGCCAACAAUACUUCCGAUUGGUUAUUUAAAUUAUUUCGAAAAAUUUAUCUCAAUAAUUCAUCGAAACAUUCAUUUAAUUUAAAUAAUUUAUCAAAAAUUAUGCAUUUAAUUUAUAAAUUUGGUGAUCAAUUGCUCGAUCAAAUGAUCGAUGAUAAUGAUGAUCAACAGCAACAUAAUGACAAAUUAUUCGAUUGGUAUGCUUCUCGAUUAGAUCAUAUAGCCAAUAGAGCACGAUCAAGAUGUUACAUGGAUCAAUCAGAUUCAAAUUCAUCAUCUAACAAUAGUGUUGAUUCAUCUUUAUCAUCACUAUCAAGUCAAUCAUUAUCAUCACUAAUAAUCGGUGAUGAUGAUGAUGAUGAUAGAAUUGACCUUAAUAUCCAAACUCCAUCUCCAACCUUGUCACCUAUGCCUUCGAAUUCUGUUCCGUCUAUUCCUCCGCCACCGCCACCACCACCUCCUCCUCCGCCCCCUCCUUGUUCUUUGAAUAAAGCGAAAUCGCCAAUUCCACCCCCGCCCCUACCACCACCUUCACAUUCAUCAUCAAUAAUACCGUUCAUUCCUCAACAAGAUAAACAAUUAGAAUCAUUUAUAACAGCCGAUUUAUUACCCCAAAAACCUCGAUUAAAAAUGAAAACUAUUAAUUGGACCAAGAUAUCCAAAAUACCGAUCACAUCCGGGUCGACCGAUAGCAAUAUGACUAAUGUCUGGCAAAUGAUUGGUGAAAAAUUAAUAAAUACAUUAGGAAAAAAAGAAACCGAUGAUCAAGCAUGCCCGAUCUCAUUAUCCAAAUCCGUCGAUGACGAACUAAUGGUCGAUUUUGAUGAGCUUGAAGAACUAUUUUGUCUUCCUUAUAUCACCCCAAAUAGUAAUAAUAAUAGUCCAAAUAAUAUCAAUUCAACAGGUGGUCAACAAUCUCUUCCCAAUAAUGGUGUUCAUUGUCUCCAGCCCCAAAAUUCCUGUACAUCAAGCACAUCAAAUUCUUGUCCAAAUUCACCAAGAUUUUCACGUCGUUGCAGUGCUACAAGUCAUAAUUCAAUGAAUGGCAGUAAUCUAGAUACGGCAUCAUUGAGUGAUCAAUCAAUGAUUGAUGAUGGUAGUGAACAGCAACAUCAUUCGAUUGAUUCAACCACCAUCAAUUUCGAUAUGCCAUUAGCACCUAUACUCGAUUCAAAACGAUCGUUAAGUGUCAACAUUUUCCUAAAACAAUAUAAAGGUUCCGGUUUAGAUGAAGUGAUCAAUCUUAUUGCCACAAAUAAUCAUCAACAAAUAGGUCUUGAACGACUUCGAAGCUUGAAACAUUUAUUACCGGAUGAAAUCGAAAUGGCUGCCUUACGACAGAUUGAUCCGAUGAUUCGUGAUCGUCUUCCUUUAGCCGAACGUUUUUUAAUUAAAUUAAUCGCUAUCAAUCAUUAUCGGUUAAAAAUUGAUUUUAUGUUAUUACGGGAAGAAUAUGAUGCCAAUAUACCUAUACUUGAGCGAUCAACACAAUAUAUGAGUAAAGCGGCCGACGAACUAAUGAAAAGUGAUAAAUUACGGCAGAUAUUGACAUUGGUUCUUAUAUCUGGCAAUUUUCUUAACUUUGGUGGUUAUGCUGGUGAUGCUAUUGGCUUUAAAAUCAUGUCAUUACAAAAAUUGGCCGAAAUUCGUUCAAAUAAACCAGGAUUAUAUAUGAUACAUUAUGUGGCUAUGCAAGCCGAAAAAAAAGGUUUAAAUUCGUUUUAUGAUGAAUUACCAACAUUGAUUGAAGCAUCAAAAAUAUCCAAUGAUAACCUAAAAGCUGAAGUGAAAUCUUUAUCGGAAAAAAUCGCGGCCAUAAAAUCCAAACUCAACAUAAAAAAAUCAAAUGAUGAAGAUCAACAUCUGUUUGAAGAUAUUAGCCAAUUCCUAACGAUCUCUGAACAUAAAAUCAAUUGUCUUCAAACAGUGACCGAACAUGAUAUGGAGAAAUUGCGAAAAAAAGUUGCUGAUUUUUUCUGUGAAGAUGUCGCACAAUUCAAAUUAGAACAAUGUUUUCAGAUAUUUAUCGCGUUCGUACAACGAUUCAAAAUUGCAAUGGAAGAAAAUCGUAAACGAAAUGAAAAUCAGCAAAAAGUUCGUGCACGACAACAAAAACAACAAUGUACGGAAAAUUCUUACACAUCAUUGAUUGAAAGUGGACCAUCAUUACAUCAUAAUGAUAGAAUAAUGUUUCGAUCACAUGAUGUUAACAUGGUUUCAGAUACGACAAAAUUCUGUUCAUCAAUGAAACGUAGUUCACGACCAUGUUCUCAGGAUUUUUCAAAUGUUGAUUCUGCAGCCAAACAAGAUUUAGUAGAAUUUUUAAAAUCAGCUGCACAUAAGGAUCGAGAAUGUACUGGUACUAACAUUGAUGGAAAUUUAUUUGGAACUCAAUUUCGUCGCAUUGGUUCUGGUAGACGUAGCUUACGUGGAACGAAUAACAGUAAUGAAUAUUCAGAUAAUGAACGUGAACGGGUGAUUAUACAAUCAAAAGAGGAUUCUGAAUCAUUGAUAGAUUCAACAUCGACUACUGUUUCAGCUUUUAAUCGAUUUUCUCCACUUCGUCGUACAAUUAAAAAUCAAAGCAAAGAAGAUCCAUCUGAUUCAUCAUUGAACUCUAGCGUUGAUAUGAAAUCACAACAGCCACCAAAGAUAACGAUUGAAGAAUGUAGUACAAAUUAUAAUCAAAAACGAGAAUCUAUUAAAUCGUCAUCUAAUGUAAAAGAGACUGUUAAUUCAAAACCAAAUCGUAAUUUUCUAUUUGAAUUUAAGAAGAAACCAUUGCUGAAUCAAUAUAUUCAGCAAUUAACGGCAAUCAUAUCUCCAUCAAAAUAUGUUGAAAAUACUGAUUCUAUACAUAAAGAAUUUGAAAAUCAAUCAAAAAAUAGUAGAAUAUCGAAUCAAUCAUCAGUCGAAUCUGCCAAUAUAAUCAUAUCAACAGUGGCAAAAGAACGACCUUCAUCAAUGAAAUUGCCAUCAUCGUCUAUGUCGGAUGUUUCAUUCGAACAACGUCGUUCAUUUUCAUUAACAUCCAGAUCAUCUAGAAUGACCGAAUCCUUUAUCAAUAAAUCAAAUCAUGCUAUCGUAGUACCAGUACAGAAAAUGGAAAAAAAUACUAAUGAAUUUUCACUACCUCAUCAAUCAAUUUCAAUAAAUCUUAAUCACAAAUCACCAUCGCCAUCAUCAAAAUCGAUGAUGAAAAGUUUGACAAAAGAAAUAGUCGAACAACAACAACAACAUCGUCGUCAAAAUCAUCGAACAAUGAUGGUUGGUAACAGUAAACCGAUAAAUUCGAAAAAAUUAUCAUCAUCUUUCAAGCAUUGAAAAAACAACAAACCUAUGUUAUAGAAUGAUGAAGAAUUUUUUUUAUUAUAUAAUAAUUAUAC